AUGGGGUUAUCAUGGUCAUCAUUGUCAUCAAUAAGGUUAUCAUGGUCAGCAUUGUCAUCAAGUUUUUUUUGGGGUCAUUCAUUGUCAUCAAGCUCCCCAAGUUCCUCUGCAUCUGUUCCAUCAGAUGAAUCAUCAGUUCCUUGUUACAAGUAUGAUGUGUUUCUGAGUUUCAGGGGUGAAGACACUCGGAAGGGAAUUAUAUUCAAUUUAUACUAUGAAUUGCAAAAGGCAGGACGCAUUAAAACAUUCAAGGAUGACGAAGGGCUUGAGAUCGGGAUGUCUAUUUCUUCAAAUCUCUUGAGAGCAAUCGAAGAAUCAAGACUUGUCAUAGUUGUUCUCUCACCAAAUUAUGCUUCUUCUAAAUGGUGUUUGGAAGAACUUGUAAAUAUCUUUCGGUGCAUGGAAGGCAAAGACAGAAUUCUACCACUUUUUUAUAAUGUGGAUCCCUCUGAUGUACGAAAUCAAAGGGGGAGUUUUGGAGUAGCUUUAUCUGAACACGAAGAAAAGUACCCAUACCAGGUGAUGAAGCAAUGGAGAAUGACUUUAGGCAAAGUGGGCAGUCUCUCUGGGUGGGAUACUAGGAAUUUUAGGUCUGAAAGAGAACUUGUCAAACAGAUUGUGGAAUUUGUGUGCAGUAAAGUCCCUGAAGUGCUACGACCCGUUGCGAUCGAGGAUGAGGAACUGAUCCGCUGA